GAUCGUGACGCAUCGGUUCAAGGCCUAACUUUAAUCUACAUUGAUUAAAAGGCUUCUGUCGCCGAAACCGCGAAGCCCAAGGCGUUGCCGGCGAAAGUCGACGGGACUGGCGACAUAAUCACUGAGAAGCCUGUUCAAGCGUCGACGGAAUACACCGAUGAAGGUAUGCCGUUUGAAUAUUUGGCAGAGGCGUGAAAGUGUGGCUCAUGCGCUGCAUCUGUUUGUCCCUGCUCCAGGUAUCGACGAGAUGAUGAUGUAUUUAUUAGAGGCCGAAAACGAAGCCGAAUCUCGAAAGAGGCCGGCGAAACGCAACCUGAAUGAUUCGCAAGCGGAUCAAACGGAAGGCAAUGCCAAGAGACAAAAGAAGGACGAUGAACCAGUUCCCGAGUACCUCCUGCAGUCCGAGCGUAUUCGAGGGUGGACCCCGGAUGAGUCGAGUCCGCCUCGCCCAAAAGCAGAUCCUGUCGAAUAUGCAGAGCUCGAGGCGGCCUCCCGUCAGAUGUACUCCCCCAGUCCGGACGCCAUGAAUAUGGCCGCGCAACUCGGAAAGGAAGACCAGGAACCUCUGUUCUUCUCGAGGCCUUCGAGCGUAGCUGACGUGGCUCCGCCGGAUCCUAUGGUCUUCGACCCCACGGACGAUCCGCCCUCAAGCAUGAGCUUCGAUGUCAAAGAGGAACCGCCUAUCGUCGCUCCGAAGCCUAGGGUACAGCCUGGCGAUGCUGAUGCGUACAGCUACUUCCUGGACUUGGAUGACCUUAUCGCUCCCGAACCCGACCCGAAGGAAGUCAGGAAACCGGUACUGGCAUCUCAUGACGGGGUCGAAGGCGAAACGAAGGAUUCAUUCGAGCCCAUCCAGGAGGCGUCGGACAAGCCUACCGUGAAGGAGCAUCUCGAUACUUCUUUUGCUGGAUCCUCGAUUCUCACCCACACCGACCAGUGGGAAGACAAACCAGCUUUUGUCGACCCCGUUGAAACUCCGCUCUAUCAGGCUCCCACUGAAGUCAAGCGUAGUUCCACUGGACAUGCUCCCGAAGCCAUUGAAUCUUUCCACAAGACCGAAGAGCCCUUGCCUAUCAAGGCCGAAAACGACAUGAUCGGUUCCGACAUGGCCGACUUUGACAGCUGGUUCGCUGAUGGCAAUAUCGAGAUUGUCGAUUGAACGCCCAUGCUGAGAUACGUCUUUCAUCCGAGAUCCGUUGUAUGAGACUUUCCGAUCUAUUGGAGACACCCGGUCGACAGAGAGAGAAGAAAUGAUGUCUUUCGUCUGGUGAUACAUUACUGUACUAUGAUACAUCCCAUCGCAAAUAGUCCGCUUUAGAAACCCCUAGGAUUCUCCCUCAGCGUCAAC